GUUGGGCAGCUGCUUCUGGGAAACCGCGGCAGAUGGGAGUUUGGGGAGUACGGUGACCCAGCUACGAUUCUCUCAAAGGUCGCCCUCCCCCUGGACUUUGAAAUGCUUUACAUGAUCGGUUUGGGCCUGGGAGAUGCCAAGGACAUCACAGUCAAGGGGCUGGAAGUUGUAAGACGCUGCAGUCGAGUGUAUCUGGAAGCCUAUACCUCAGUCCUGACUGUAGGGAAGGAAGUUCUGGAAGAGUUUUAUGGAAGAAAAUUGAUUCUCGCUGAUAGAGAAGAAGUGGAACAGGAAGCAAAUAAUAUUUUAAAGGAUGCUGAUAUCAGUGAUGUCGCAUUCCUUGUAGUUGGUGAUCCAUUUGGAGCUACAACACAUAGCGAUCUUAUUCUGAGAGCAACGAAACUGGGAAUCCCUUACCGAGUUAUUCACAAUGCUUCCAUAAUGAAUGCUGUAGGCUGCUGUGGUUUACAGUUGUAUAGAUUUGGAGAGACAGUGUCUGUUGUUUUUUGGACAGACACUUGGAGACCAGAAAGCUUCUUUGACAAAGUGAAGAAGAACAGACAAAACGGCAUGCACACAUUAUGCUUACUAGACAUCAAAGUAAAGGAGCAGUCUUUGGAAAAUCUAAUCAAGGGAAGAAAGAUCUAUGAACCUCCUCGUUAUAUGAGUGUAAACCAAGCGGCCCAGCAACUUCUGGAGAUUGUUCAGAAUCAGCGAAUACGAGGAGAAGAACCAGCAGUCACCGAGGAGACACUCUGUGUUGGCUUAGCCAGGGUUGGAGCUGAAGACCAGAAAAUUGCAGCAGGCACUUUGCAGCAAAUGUGUACUGUGGACUUGGGAGGACCAUUACAUUCCUUGAUUAUCACAGGAGGCAGCUUGCAUCCACUGGAGAUGGAGAUGCUAAGUCUGUUUUCCAUACCAGAAAAUAGCUCAGAAUCCCAAAGCAUUGAUGGACUCUGAACAUAGGCAUUUCUAUUGUUAGAUGUUAAUUUCAGUUAUAUAUGCACAUACACAUAUUUGUGUAACAAAUCAAACAGGUCUUUUGGUUUACCUAAUAAGUAUAAAACGAGUGACCAAGAAGAAAGAUGCUGACUCAACAAUGCUUGGUCUCCUUUGUCAGUGAGUUUUUUCCCUAUGAUAUCAUCAGUUUUUGCUGCUAUUUUGGCAGUUUUUCAGGAUGUACAUACGUGGAGCAGACCAAGCUGGAAAACUUACAGAUAGACAUCCAUCGACAGAAUCAUUUAAAAGCAAUUUUUGUUUAUGAAAUCAGUUUAUACAAGGUGGAACUUUCUUCUUUCUUAAAAAGUCAGAUGUCCUGACUGCAAGAUAAGUUGUCCUGACAGCAUUUGGUAUUAAUGCAUAUAAACAGAGGUGGGAAGAAUAAGUCCCCACCCAACAGUCCUACUUACUUAAAGCUCAGCUGAGCACAUGCCACAAAAUGACAUCCUUUUGAAUUGCCUUGUCUUGUUUAGCUGACAUCCUAAUUAUGUGCCUCAUAUUCUGCUGUAUUUUGGAGGUUAUAUAACUGUUGAAUUAUAAAUGUUCAGCCAGCCAUGUACAGUUGCUGUUUGGUUUUAAAUAGCAUCUUUCACAUCCAAGCUGACAAAUGGAAAACUU